GGCUCUCUGGGGAGGAGGGGUGGGGGGCAGCUUUUCCUGUAAGCCAUCCUCCAAGGCUUUUCCCUGAAACCAAGCAGUAGAAUCGGUUUGGAAAAGAGUGACAGCUCUUAACGAAGGGCCACCCCCCCAAGGAACCAGCAGAGCAUGCCCAGUGAAACAGGACGUCUUCACCUCCUGAUGAUCCUGAAUCACCAGUUUAGCAAUUUAGUUUUGUUUACCAGGACAUGAGUGGGGUGCUCACAUUCAACUUCAUAGCUUUCGGCUUCACUCAUCAGCGACUUCAUUGUGUUCUCAUGUCUCUGGAAUGACUUAAUUUGUUUUUUUUUUCUGCCUAUGUGUCUUUGAACAGAAGUAAUCAGUUGUAGCGGUUGGUGUUUAUCAGUAUCUGUGGCGUUGUUGCACAAUGUGGCCAUUAGCUGAUGCUCUGCUUCUUACUGUAAACGAGCAGGUAUAGCUAUAGUUUUGACCUAUAUAGAGCUAAGUAAUUACCAGCUUAGGGGAAGUUUUAUCUUGAUAGGAAAAACAAGGAAAUCGAAAGUCAAAAAUGUGUUCUUUCACAAUAAAGUAACUUUUUCUUUUUUUAUGAAGGUGAAAGUUGAUAUUUUACCAACAGUGACAUAUAGCUCAUCUGUUUGUGUUUCAUUUCAGUACUUUGUUCUGUAGUAAACAAAGCCAAGAGGAAGUAUAUACCAUCUCUAAAUGUUAGCUGUAGCUCGGGGACUAAAUUACUUCACAAAACUUAAUCUCCUUAUGACAAUGCCUUUCCGUCUUCUGCCUUUUUCUUUUCUUAUCUGCCAGUAAUUGUUUUUUGUUUUGUUUGCACAACCUUUCCUCAUUGCUCUGGAAGAACUACCAGAUGCAAACACAAACCAAAAGGAAUAUUAGACUUGGCUGGAGUGUCAAAUAUUUCUGUGAUUGGUUUUACUGGAUAAGAAAAAGCACAAUCUUUCAAAAUAAAUUGUUUAAAUACGAGAGGUUUAGAGAACUACAAACUCUCUGGUCAUAUAAAACUGAGGCUCCGCCUUCUUCCACAGUCACUUGUGAGUAUCAGCCUCCCUUUCAAGGCUCUUCUGGUGCUCUGACACUGACCCAGCAGUGGGGAGAAAGUGGGACACAGCAGCAGAGGAAGGAGAAGAAAAAGUGUGUGGAGGAUGAUGAUCCUGUGGACUUCUUUAUUGACUGUUUUCUGCUGGUGCUUCACUGAAGCAGAAAACACAAAGCUGGACAGGAUUGAGAGGUGUCAAACCACAUGUUCUCAGGGGCUAAGCUGCAGGACCAAAGGAGAAUAUUGGUUCCCUCCAGCAUGCCUGGAACCCUCUACGGAUCACCAGAACACUUCUGUGUUCCAAAACAUCAGUGUUUCGCCAGUGAUGAAGUGCGAGGGGAAGCAGAAGUGCAAGCUGAACCUUAGGGUCAAAGCAGUGUUAGAGCUAUCAGAGUUCAUUCAUGGUUUGUCCAUUUGCACCAUCAGUGCAGGGAUGAUGAGAAACUGCCAGAAGAUAAGUUUCACGAAGACAUCAAGAACAAAAAUGUCUGGACUGCAGGUGACAGUUGACAAUGAUUGUACGGAAGUCUCUCCAAGCCAACAAGUGCAUAUAACGGUGAAAACCAUACCUGAAUACUGCGGGAUAAUGUGGGCCAGCAACUAUCACACUCCAGGAUGCAUAAUGGAAGAUUUGAGAAGAAACGUCCCAGAAUGCAUCACUGGUAGGCUGUCUUACAUCACAAAUCCAGAGAUGAAGGAGCUGCGGAUUAACGUGUCAGACAUGCUUGAGAAUCACACCUACCACCUCCGGCUCUGCCAUAAGGAUUACAUUUGCGUCGGGACCGGAGCCAGCACACAGAUAAAGAAGGAACAACCUGUAAAGAGCGCCGUCCUCCGCUACUCCCAACCUUUGCCCUGCCUGUGCAUUGAGGGUUGGUCGGCAGUGGUGGAUGCCCCCAGGGUGCAAGUGUGUCCGUUCAAGGACCGUUUGGAGGAGCUGUGGUCUGGGAUAACCUUUGACCCGCUGGAGGAAGCUCUGCUGUGGGAGCCCGCCUGCCCCGUGACCGCCGAGGCCGGUCUGUGCGAGAAGAGGGAGGACGGGACCUGCGCGGAUCUUCCACAUUCCUCCCAGAUCGUCAGCAGGGGGAAGUUAAAGUUUGCUAAAGUGGAUCCACGCCCUCAACUGUGCAUGAAGUUCACUGCUGGCUCUCAGUCAUGGGUUCGGUGUCCCUUCGGUGAUGGAUUUAAAGCUUGGGACGUCGUCGUGACAAGCCGACAAGGGCACCAGGACGUCCAGCUGGUGUCGCAGGUUCCCGCCACUUUCUCAGUGGGCUUGUGUGGGAGGUCUGCAAACGCCACGUGCCAGGAGGACGCACGCAAUGUUGUGCGCGUGCUCAAUGCUACCAACCUAACCCUGACUGGGAGCGCAUGCAGCUCUUGUCUCCAGGUGAAGAGGCAGGAUGUGAACUACGCCGCCACUGUCGUCCACUGUUUCGAACAAUGCAGUCAAGAGUCUCAGGACUGGACCUGGAUUGUUCUUCCAGCAGCAGUUUGCCUCUCUGGUAUCAUAAUUGUCAACCUGGUGCUCCACUUGCUGCUAACAGUUUACCAAAGGAGGAAAAGGGAAAGAAAACUGAAGCAAACAGAUUCCACUCUCGACUCUGUAGCCUCAACAACGCAGACUCAACACGUUCUCAGAGGGAGCCUUUUCCUAACGGAUUCCCCUCAAUGCAGAAGCAACGAGAAAGUCAACUUGAUUUCCAAGUAACAGCAGACUGGAUUACAUUAUGAAAAGAUGUUACACAAUGAAAUAA